AUGAAGCGACUACUUGUAAUUCUAUUGUGUGUGGCUAUUGUCCAUGCAGUGAUACGAAUACCUCUGAAGAGACAGAAAUCAUUGAGGAAAACCCUCAAGGAAAAAGGACGUCUUUCUGAUCUAUGGACAAGGAAGGGGCUUGAGUUAAUGCAAUCCUGCAAUAACCCAGAGACAGCCAAUGAGCCCCUUGUUAAUUAUCUUGAUGUGGAGUAUUUCGGACAGAUUUCCAUUGGAUCACCUCCUCAAGUGUUUACUGUGAUCUUUGAUACUGGCUCCUCUAACUUGUGGGUUCCAUCUAUAUACUGCACUGGCCAAGCAUGUCUUCAACACUCCAGGUUCCACCCAAGUCAGUCUUCCACCUAUAAGACAGAGGGUCAACCUUUCUUUAUCCAAUAUGGAACUGGCAACUUAACAGGGAUAUUAGGAAUCGAUCAAGUUACUGUUCAAGGUAUAACUGUACAGAAUCAGGUAUUUGCAGAAAGUGUAUCUGAGCCUGGAAGCACCUUCCAAGAUGCAAAUUUUGAUGGAAUUUUGGGUCUUGCAUACCCUUCCCUUGCUGUGGAUGGUUGCACCCCAGUCUUUGACAAUAUGAUUAAUCAGAAUUUAGUGGAGGAACCAGUAUUUGGAGUCUACAUGACCAGGGAUCCAAACUCCUCAGACGGUGGGGAGCUGUUGUUUGGUGGCUAUGACACAUCACGUUUCUCAGGCCAGCUGAACUGGGUGCCAGUUACUGUACAUGGAUACUGGCAGAUCCAAGUUGAUAGCAUCCUGGUAGGAGGAGAAGAGGCAUUUUGUAGCCAAGGAUGUCAGGCCAUUAUAGACACUGGAACUUCUUUGAUUGCAGGACCAUCAUCUGAUAUUCUGCUGCUACAAGGGUACAUUGGAGUUACUGAAACAGAUGAAGAGUAUGGCGUGAGUUGCAGUAACCUAGGCUCCAUGCCCAACGUGACUUUUGUAAUCAAUGGUGUUAAUUACAACUUAUUACCUGAGCAGUAUACACUUCCGGAAGGAGAAGACUACUGCAGCAGUGGCUUUCAAGGACAGGAUAUUCCUCCACCUGCAGGACCUCUGUGGAUUCUGGGAGAUGUCUUUAUUGGCCAGUUUUAUUCUGUGUUUGAUCGAGGGUACAACAGGGUGGGACUUGCUCCAGUCGUUCCAUAUUCAUCUGCUACAAAUGGGGCUUAA